AUAAUUUCCUAUUUCCAAACAACAUCAUCUUUAUUACACAGCCAAAAUCUGCAAAAUUAUUUAAUCAGCACAUCAUUUCCAUUUCUAUAUGCAAGGACAUUAAGAUGAAAUUCUGCAAGAGAUAUCAAGAGUACAUGCAAACACAAGAUCAGAAGAAACUACAUGUCGUUGGUUUUAAAAAUCUUAAGAAAAUCUUGAAACGUUGUCGCACUGAUGCCAUUCGUUCACUGCGUCUUUCACAAUCACCAUCAACCCCUCUUGACGAAUCCGCUGUUUGUCCUCAUCAUUGUCCUGUGUGCGAUGGAACAUUCUUUCCUUCUCUUUUAGAAGAGAUGUCGGCAGUGGUUGGAUGCUUUAACAAACGUGCACGAAAACUGCUUGAUUUACAUCUGGCAACAGGGUUUCGUAAGUACUAUGUUUGGUGCAGAGGUAAGUUUCAGGGAAAACAUGGUGCUUUAGUUCAAGAAGGCAAAAACCUGGUUGGUUAUGCAAUUAUUAACGCUGUUGCUAUGCGUAAAAUUCUCAAGAAAUAUGAUAAGAUACAUUACUCUAAGCACGGGCAAGCAUUCAGGUCACAAGUCCAAAGCAUGCACAUGGAAAUCCUUAAGUCUCCAUGGCUUUGUGAGCUCAUUGCAUUCCAUAUUAAUUUGAGGGAAACAAUUAUAGAUACAAGAAAGGCUUCUGAACUAUUCAAGGGUUGUUAUCUUGUGUUCAAUGACGGGAAACCAUCACUUUCUUGUGAGCUUUCUGAUUCCUUCAAACUCGAGAUUGAUUUGACUUGUUCUAUAUGCUUGGAUACUGUAUUUGAUUCGGUGUCUCUUACUUGUGGGCACAUAUUCUGCUACAUGUGUGCUUGCAAGUCUGGAUCGGUAACUAUUGUUGAUGGAUUAAAAGCCGCAAGGUCGUCAUCAAAAUGCCCUCUUUGUCGAGAGGCAGGGGUUUACAAAGGAGCUCUCCAUUUGGAUGAGCUCAACAUUCUACUAAGUAGAAGUUGUCCUAAAUAUUGGGAGGAAAGACUUCGGAACGAAAGAGUUGAAAGGAUCCGACAGACAAAGGAACACUGGGAAACCCAGUCACGGGCCUUUCUUGGCAUCUGAAUGCAGUUUUACCCCUGCAAUCAUUGAAUAAAUUGCACCAACAUUCACUGUGCAGAAGUCUUGUUUAUUCGCUAUGUUCUGAGUUAUUUUUGCUAACGAUUUUGCACAUAACAGAUAUGCUAUAUUUUUUUGUGGAUAGCUUUAUUGUUACACAUCCUGCUUUAUGUGUAAUAACCCG